AUGCCACGUCCCCAGCCACUAGUACUCAUUCCCGGUACGGAUCAGUUCCGGUACCCUAGCACGGACAACGGACUACUGCAGCUGAACGCCGGUGAAACGCUGGAGCUUGUCUGCCAGGAUGGGUUUGCACUUUUUCCCGGCAAAACCUCCAUCAACAUCGCGUGCGUCCUGAACGAUCAGUUUAACUACGACAGCCAGAUGAUUGCGUUCCGUGACUUCGCUUGCACGGAGAAUUGGCUGAGCAGCGCACGGCGCACCUCUCAACGGUGUUUCAACGGUGCCACGAUCGUCGAGAUUGGCUUUGAUUUGGGUAAUCGUUUCCCCAAAAUUUUAGACGUCUGCCACGACGAGGUAACGCUCGACAACCACUACGUGGUGCACGAGUUUACGCCAGCAAACGCCGGAUUCCAGCAGGGUGUACCUCGUCCGGGUUGGUACCAGGGUGACUUCUAUUCCGGAAUCAACAUCAACGGGCUGUACACGGUCAACACCCAACGUUCCACGCUUGCAACCAUCCUGAACUCGCAAUCGCGUGCGGACGUCCUGGUGCAGGGAACGGACAACGGUAUUUUUAUGGCUCGCGGACACAUCGCCGCUCGGGCAGACUUCAUCUACGGAACGCAACAGAACGCUACCUUCUGGUUCUUGAACGCCGCUCCUCAGUGGCAAAACUUCAACGCCGGUAAUUGGGAGCGCAUCGAGGCGGCAGCAAAGACUUUCGUGGCUCUGCGUAACAUUCGCGUACGAGUGUACGGAGGUACGUACGGUGUGCAGACUCAGGCUGACGGAAAUGGAGAUCAUCAGGAGAUCUUCCUUGACUUUAACGCCAACGGUCGCACGCGGGUACGAGCGCCAAAGAUUUACUACAAGAUCCUCCACAACGAGGCCCAGAACUCGGGUAUCGUGCUGAUUGGUGUCAACAACGUACAUAUCUCCAUAGAGGAGAUCCGCCGAGACUACAUCUUCUGCACGGAUGUGAGCAACCAAAUCGGAUGGAUUAACUGGGAGCGAGAGAACCUCGCCUUAGGAUAUUCGUACGCGUGCGAGGUGAACGAGUUCAACCGCGUCACUGGCCACCUGCCUCAGCUCAACGGUUAUACUGGCGGCUACACUAUGUCUCUCCUGUGUGCGGUGUUCAACGAGAUCAGUUUGAUAGGUGCUGUUGGCUCGUUUAGUUCCAAAAUGUGGUUCCAGGUUCUAGCCGUCACUUUUCUGGUCCUACUUGGGCACUCAGAUCAGGUUACUGCGCGCGAUGUCAGUCAGUUGGGUCCGUUGGAUGAUGUUUCAAAAGCUGGCGGUUGUACCGUGCCUUUCGCUGCACUUCCAUCGCCACACCAACCGCUAAUAUUGGUUCCCGGGUCGGACAAAUUCUGGCACCCUCAGGAUGAAACGAGACAGGUGUUGUUCCCAACGGAAGCCCCCGUAGAGCUUGUGUGCCAGGAGGGCUUCAAACUGUUCCCCGAAAAGCGAUCCAUCACGAUCACGUGCUCGUCGGAGGAUCAAUUCAACUAUGACGGGAAGACGUACGCGAUGCAGGAGUUGUCCUGCACCUCGUAUUGGUUGAGCUCUGCAAAAACCACACAGGAGCGAUGUUUCAACAACUCAGUGAUCGUAAAGAUAGGCUUUGAUCUGACAGCCAACCGGUGGGUGAAUGUGUUUGAUGUGUGCUAUGAUGAGGCACUGUACCAUACUCACUACGCGCUCCACCACAUGAGCCGAGCUAAUGCGGGAUAUCAGUCCGGCAAUCCUCGUCCCUCGUGGUACCAGGGUGCGUACUACACCGACGUCAACAUCAACACUCUGUACACGGUCAACCGGCAGCGGGAAACCCUCGCACUCAUUCUCAACUCACAGUCGCGUGCCGACGAGCUGGUGCAGAACACCAACAACGGUAUCUAUAUGGCUCGUGGACAUAUCGCGGCACGGGUGGACUUUAUCUACGGGACGGAGCAGAACGCUACCUUCUGGUUCCUGAACGCCGCACCUCAGUGGCAGAAUUUCAACGGUGUAAAUUGGGAGCGCGUUGAGUCCUCGAUUCGGGAUCUUGUCGGUGAGCACGACCUCGAGCUAACUGUGUACAGUGGUACGUACGGUGUUCAAAAGCAAGCGGAUGGUAACGGUGACUACCAGGAAGUUUGGCUGGAUUUCGACCCCACCGAGGGCAGACAGCGUGCUCCUGCGCCGAUGUUGUACUACAAGAUCCUGCACGACGAGCGGGAUAAUUCGGGCGUCGUGAUUGUUGGUGUGAAUAACAUACACAUCCCGCGUGACCUGAUCCUGCGUGAGUACGUGCUGUGUAAGGACAUCGGUGAUCAGAUCGAGUGGAUCGAUUGGCAGCGGACGAACGAAACGAUCGGGUAUUGUUACGCGUGCGAGGUGAACGAAUUCAACGCCGCCAUUGGCAACCGACAUCCGCAGCUGAACGUUGCCAAGCUGCUCAUGAGUGGUGCGGCAGGUCGGUUCGUGCUUUCGUUCUGGGCCGCGUUUGCUGCCCUGGCGCUGCACGGAGGUUUAUAUUUCACCCGGUUCGUACGCCGUAUCGCUACGUAG